AUGGGUGCACUGGGAAAAGAGAGUGUAUCAUCACCUGAACGCCCUAAGAAAUUUUUGGUGCAACCCAUUGAGACUUCUUCGCGAAGCUCCAAACCUUCAUCAACCAGCGCAGAUACUGCCAAUAAAGUCACUUCCACAAGUUCUUCAACUCCUUCAUUAGAGAAUGAAAAUGGGGAUCGGCUUGGGGACCAGCCUCGUCGGCGAAUUUUGCCUCAGCCCAUUGAGACCUCCACAACCAGCCGCCAUGGGCCAUCGCGACCGCAAGAACAACCACAGAACCCAGCUCUUGUGACUUCUAGUCCAAGAAGAUUCAAGCCGGAUUUGAUUGCAACAGAUUAUAGGUCUGUCAAGGGAAAGGAUAUGAACGAUUCUCAUGGGUUCAAUACUCAAGAAAUACCUUUAGAGAAAUCAAAUCUUGACUCUCGAUUGAAUGUUCGACGAAAUACCUUCCCUUAUCUUUCUGACUCUCCUUUCUCAUACACAAAUCUGCUCCGUCGUCAGGAGGUCCGCAGACAUUCAUUCCGUGUUCCCGAUCUCCCAUCAAUCCCAUCAAAUAGUAGUGAAGGUUCUGAUGGAACUCCUGGAUCCCCCUUGACAUCGUCAUCCCAGACUAAGCAGUUACUGGAGAAUUUUUUCGAUAAGCCAGAUACGCCAAUGCGAGGGGCCUAUGAUGGUGAACUUUCUGAGUACCUCUCAUCACUUGCUGCUCGUUCGGAGCAAUGGCAACUGAAAGAGCAGACAUUAGCGGCCUUUCCCAACGAACAGGUCUACGAACCCGUGGAUCAUUUCGCUGCCGAUGAGGAAGAUGGAGAUUCAGAAGAUCAAAAAUCCCUUUACCCACGAGCAACGGACCAUCUCAAGUCUCGGCGACAAUCAUCUGCCGAUCUAUCCUGGGAGUUGGAGUACAUGCGUCAACAUAAGGAGGAAGCAGAACAACGGCUGAGGGCGAUGGGUACAUCGCGUGCUAAAAGACGCCUGCUGCAUCAUCAACCGUCUAACCCAAAACCUCUUGGGCCGAGUCCUCCAAUGCUCGGGGGUGACAUUGUUUUGCCCUGGAGUGAUUCUCCAGAGGGAACAUUGAGUGAGAAUACGGGCACAGAUAAGCGGGAACCUACAUCUGAAGAUCGUUGCACUGACUGUGGGGGUUUAUGGUGUGCGGCCACGGAAGGAGAUGGAGGGCGAGGAGCAGGUCUUUGGAUGGGUACCUGUCAAAAGAAUGGAGACUCAGAGCAAGAAUCCCACUUCUUUUCUGGAAUCAUGACUCCCAUGAUGCGAGAUGACGAGAGCGAUUCUGGUCCCAACGUUCAAGUCACCCCUGAACCGAGUUCACCAACUAUGAAAGAUCCAAUCGGUCUAGGACUGAGCACAGGCCCGAGCCUUUCAAAGACUAUAAGUGAUGAAUUUAAUGAUACCUUUGUCACCCAAAUAUACAACUAUCUCUCUUUGGGCUAUCCCUGUGUGGCGCGGGACUAUGAUCAGGAACUGAGUCGAAUAUCAGGGAUACCCGUGGAUGAUCUACGGCGAGAUGAUCAACAUACAAAUGCUCGAGGUUAUGUGGUUGCUCCCGAAGAGGACCGGACAGUAGAAGCCUGUACACGCUGGAAGGCUCUUCGUCUUUACAUUCGGGAGUGGGCUCGACAACAACCUAAUAUGGCGGAGGAGGAGACGGGAUUAGAGUCUUGGGGCAUGCGUGAACGAAGAGGCAGUUGGGCGAUUUGA